UUCGCACCUAUCUUUUUGUCUUCCCGUAUUUUGGCCAGUCACGAAUAACGGAACGCGCGAUAUUAUCGACAUUAUGAAGGAUUAAUCAGCUGUUUUGCUUGUUAUCCGUGAACGUGCGAAAUUUAGUAUACCACUAAUUAUGUAAAUCUGGAUAAUUCCCUCGUUUUUUAACCAAUGUCUUAAAGAACGAAGAUUUUACCGCAGUUUACAAAGUUCUCGCGAAAUAUAACGCGAUUGCGUAAUAACUGAACCGUGUAGAAAGUGACAAAAGUGUUCUUGGCAAGGAAAUUCUCACGACUCGGAAGAGGUAGUCUGCAACAAGGUGUAUAAAGCUGAUGGAAUGGCCGGUGCACCAUGUUACACGCGUCUCAGCUGUAUAAUUAAGGAAAUUAACGUGACACGAUCAGAGAUAGCUCUCGUCCAUUAAGCAGAUCCCACUCGUACUGGAAAAGAUCCCAUACAACUGAAAGAAGAAACGCAAUCGGUAUAUAGUCUCGAAACGAACUUUCUUCGUGGAUACGUCAUACUUUGACAGUCGUAAUAUCUAUUUCCUUGGCUUCGCACCUGUCUACCUUAAGGCCAUCACACGUAUACUUACCGGUUGAAUGUGGUCGUACAGGGAAACCAUCGUGUUGUUCCUCUUCUUGGUCGAACGAUCGAUGAAUCCGAUAUGUGCUUCGUUCAGGAAUUCGCUUCACCGCCAGCUGAUGGGAUAACUUUGUUACUUGAGACACUUCGCGGUGUUCAGUUGGCCCAAAGCUCACCACCGUCUUCCGGUCACACGGGUCCAAGAGUGGGUACCAGAAGAGCUGCACUGGACGAGUUGGGUUGCGUCGAAUGUCUGGCUGCCUGCACCGAACGAUGCACCGACGCACCGAGGCUCCUAGUGCAAGCCCAACCCGGUCUUCUUGCUCUGGCAGUUUGUCUGACUAGUAGCUUGAACCGGUCCCGAGUCCUAGCUCUCCAGUUACUGACAAAGGUCUGUCAGACACCGGGUGGUCACGCAGUGGUCUCGGAAGCUGUAUCUACUCUUAGGCUGAAAUAUGGCGAGGGUGGAAGAUUCCGUUUCCUCGCUGGAGCUCUCCUGGCUCCCAGAGCAGCGAUUGCACUGAGAGUCGCAGGAGUUUCAUUCCUGAACGCCUUCCUAAAAUCUGCAUCGCGGACGCAAACCAGAUUGUACAUUCAGGCUGAAGCCUGCGAAGCUGGACUGGAGCCGCAGGUCCUUCAAGAAUGGCUGAAAGAAUUGGACGGCAGGGAGGAGGAUGCUUUGAACGAUCUUCUACAUAAGGAAGUUCAGAAAUGGUCGCACAACUGCGUGGACGUGGACGCCCUACAGCGACGAGUUGUACGUGCCGAGGAAACUUGUAGGAUUCUCAGUAAAAAAGUUUCGGCUCUGCAGACGCAACUUCAGCAAAUGCAAUUGGAGAAGUUGAACAAUUACAACCUGGAGGAUCGUGAGAAGAUGACAGUGCUUGGUACGAAACAGUCGCCGAAAAUGUCCUCGAACGCCGAGGACGAAGGCAUCAGCUCGUCAGAGAGAUCGAGUAGUCCAGAGAAUACGAAACACCAGUCGCGAACCAAUCAUCAGAAAGUCAGCGCGUCUCCGGACAACGAUCAGGAAACGACGAUAGACGACGUGAUCGAGGAACUGAGGAUUAUCGUGAAGGACGCGGAGCAAGAGAUCGGUGACAAGAACCACGAACAGAAUCGGAUAGAUCAUGGGGAUCAGGACUUUUAUAACGAGAAUUCUUCCAAAACGAAGUUACAUAGAACUAAUUCAAAGGUUUCGUUAAAUAAUUCCGAAACGUACGUUUACGAAAAAGUCUUGAAGAGAGAUCAUCAAACGGACACGAAGAUUUUGAAGUCUAACACCGGUUCUAACGUGUCCCAAAGCGUGAUCAAAGGUGAACAGGUGACUUACUUUGGUAAUGAUCGGGAUUACAGUACAGAUUCCAGUGGUGGCAGGAGAUUGAACGGUGAUACACGCAGAGUUUCGAAAUCUUCCGUGGAAGGAAGCGUGAAGAUCGUUGUAAAGGGACCUGACGUGGAAGAAGCAAUCGUUCCGACUAUUCUACAUCCCCAACCGCCUAGAAAAUCACCGCCUUGUUUGUCGGCCAUCAUGGCAGUGAGGCACUGUGACUUUAUCGACCAGGAAGAGGCGUUCAAUUCUCACGAUGAAGAUAUCGAAGACGAAACACUGGGUGAUGGUAGCGAUUCCCUUCUCAGUGCCUCUCGGCUGAAAUAUAAUGGCAAGAAUCAAGCGUACGAGGAACAAAUCAAAAACACCGAGGUCGAUCAUUUCCAAAAGCAGUGCAACCGGAAAGAAACAGAAAAUACCAGUGAUCGUAAGAUGAAGAAAAGCUUCGACGAUCUCCGGUGUUUCAGUGAAAACGAAAUAAAAGAGAAAAAAACGAUCAGGAACUACGAGACAUCGUGCAAUACGAAGAACAAAACGACGAACGAGACGAAAUCGAGUAAUAGACAAACAGACGGAAUUUCCCACAGACAUAGUUCGAAAUAUAGAAGCGAGGUAGAAAAGAGGAAACUUCUUCGUAGAUCUGCGAGUCACGAUUAUCUCGAAUCGAGUGCUUCCAGCCCACGAUCGAAAAGAUCCAGUAAAAGUAGAGUGGAGAAUCACAUUAGAAAGUUUGAGAGCCUGAACUCUUUCGACGAGCAUCGAAGUCUCCAAAGUUACGGAAGACCCGGCAGCUCGGAGAAUUUAAGCAAACAGGAGCAGUUUUUCGGGGAAGGAAACUCGAGAAGUAGGAUGCGCAGGUCAGAGUCGUUCCAUCACGUAUCUCAUAUCGCUAGAAAGGAUCAGUGCUCGUCACAAGGAGGAAGUGACAGUGGAUUGUUCUAUGUUACGGACUUCAACCUUGAACCUCUGGUAACGCGGAGACCCAGAUCCAUCGAGGCUCCAAAAUCUCCCAAUCUACUAACCAAAUCUUUGGAUAGGAUCGACGAAGGUCUAGACUCGAUGAUUGAUAUUGUAAUCAUGGAGGAGAAAACUCAAUGGAGUUCUAGUAAAUAUCAAUCCAAGACGAAAAAGUGUCGAGAAGAAAGGGCACUUGUUAGAUCGAAGUCAAGUAGAUUAGAAGACUCGAAAAGUUGCUUCGAACUGACAUCCAAAGGCAGGAAGGAAGAAUCGAAGAGUAAACAUCUAAAAAGCGAUGAAUUUUAUUCCGGGCAUGUGAGCAAUAAGCAAUUAAGAAGUGACGAGCUGUACGAGGAACAGAGAAAUCGAGAAUGGAACGAGCUUAAUUCUUCCAGGAAAAACGAAUUAGAUCUUGACUGUACUCCAAUGAUACUGAUGAAGAAUGGCGUGAGACAUAAUUCAUUCUGUCAGAAUGAGAAUAUUGGUAACAGGUUCUUGAAUAAAUCGAUGGAUUCCGGGAUUUUCGCUGGACGAACUUACGACACAUUUGGAUUAGGGAAAAAUCGGUUUAAUGCUGGGAAAUAUUCGGGAAAUCAACAGAUGAAAGAAAGUCCAAUUGGAAGAAGAAACACUACUUCCUCUGCAGGUGGAAAUCGUGGAAAAGUCACUGAUGUUGUUUCAGGGCUUUAUUAAAACUAUUUGAGUGUAUUCAAAUUUCCUGAUUCUGCUCAUAUGCUCACAGAAGAUAUUGUAUUAUAGAUUGGAAUAUAUUCUUGUACAGAUUUGAGAGAGUUAUCAAGAAGCUUUAAGCGAUUUUUGCUUAAUAUUUCAUAAACGUUUCGUAUUUCUUUUCUCACACUCGUUACACGACGGCAUCGAAAUUAAAACGUAAUAUCGUUGUUUGUAAUAUUUAUCUUAAUUUGCAAUUCAGCCAACACGCGACUCCAAUGUUGCUACGUAUUAUUGGCCAAUUGACAAUCUAAUUUAUAUUGUAAUUAAUACUGUUGAUAAAUCUGGUAAACAUGUACGUUUCAGUAUGAAAAUAAGUAUUUUGGUGAUGGAGCGAUUACACGAUUUUAGUAGACGGUGUGCAAUAUAUUCUUUCUUUCAAAUAAGUAUGUAUCUUUGUAAUUAAUUAAUUGCGUUAAAGAAAAGACUGUAAUUUAUAAACGUUUACAUAGGAGUGUACAAAUUAUAACACAUAAAUAUUUACACAAUA